UAUUGUUUUGACCAGAACCAGGAAGUGGUUAUGUUUGUGUUGGGCGGAGUGUGACCAGAAAUCUGACGAGAAGUAGGAACGAAACUAACCUAAUUACUGACAUAUAUUUAUCUUUAUAUUCGUGAAGAAUUUAAGUAAGUUCUACGGCUAAUUUAAUCCAGGAGCAGAAAUUAAAUCUGCUGAAAUUUUUAGCGAUUUGUUUUUCUUUUGAUUUUGGAGAUAACGGGCUUUAGGGACGAACACGUUUCUUGUUGUCAUGUGAAUCAGUUUACAGCUGAAGCUCUGUGUUUUUCCGAUGACACACAAAUAAAGUGAUAUUUUAUCGAGUUUACAGAUCGAUGAUAACAUUCAGCAGGAUAAUGGUGCGUUUUAAGCUAGCUGGUUAAUUAUAUCUAAUCUUAUUUUGGGCUUUAUUUGCUUUACCUGCUUAAGCUCAUCAUCCACCCUACCGAUUCGCGUCCUGUUCCGCUGCCGAGUCGCAGAAUCAGGUGGAUUUGAGGGAAUUUAAGAUGUUUGGCAGGAAAAAUAAACGUCCUGCGGCUCCUAAAGGCCAAGGAGCUGCUGCUGCCAAACAGAUGGGUUUACUUCUCGACUUUAACCCCGAGGACAUGAUGGAGGUGAAGGAGAAUGUGGACGAUCCGGAUCUGGAGGCUGAAUUCGCUGCCAUUGUGGGGAAAAAACCAACUGCUGCUGCUGCUAAAGCGAAAAAAAACGCCAAAGCUCCGUUACCAAUGGAGGAUAUCGAAAAGAUGACUGAGGCGUGCAUGAAAGACCUCGACGAUGAUGAUGACGAUGAUGACCUCGAGGAUGACGAAGAUCUCCUGGCGGAGCUACAGGAAGUGGUGGGUGAAGAGGAAACCGAUUCUGGGACAGAGACUGGGCCACUGGAGCCAGAACCACAGGAAGUGAAGGUGUCCUCCACCACCAUCACCACCCCAGCAGCAGCAGCAGUAUGUGGUAGUGUUGAACACACGCUUCAGGAGAGAAUCCUCAUGUACAACUCCGCCAUAACCAACGCUAAAGCUGCAGGAGAGUCGGCUAAAGCUCGCCGCUACGACAGAGGGCUCAAGACCCUACAGAGCAUGCUAGCGUCCGUACGUAAAGGAGGAAAGAUAAACGAAGCGGAGAUCCCGCCUCCGGUGGCGUCUGGUAACCGUAGCGACGCUGUUCCUCCCCCGGCUCCUCCCACAUCCGCCCCGCCUCCACCCGAGCAUCACGAAGAGUCGGACAGCGCCGUGGAAACUUCGCCCGUGUCCCCGGAGACCCUCUCUGUGUCCACGCUGCCGGAAGUGAAAGUGUCCUCAGCAGAGACCUCGCCCGUUUCCGUGGAGACCUCGGCUGUUUCUCUGGAGCCGCCAGCCAGCAGUGACGGUCCGUCUCGCGCGAUCUCAGCAGGGGAGGAGCGUUUCCCAGAAUCCCCUGCAGAUGCAAAAGUAAGUGCCCCCAGUAAGGAGACGCUGUUGGAGAGGCAGAAGCAGUACAGGACGGCCGCUCUGAGGGCGAAACAAGCCGGAGAUCUGGAACAGGCCAAAACACACAUGAAGAGCAGCAAGAGUUUUGAUGCUGCGCUCGCGGCGCUGGAGAAAGGAGAGAGCGUGGACUUCCGUAAACUUCCUCCUCCUCUGUCUGAAGGGACGGAAACUUCUCCAAAACCAGCUAUAAAGAUUUCUCAGUCGUCCCCGAACAUGCAGGCACACGACGCGGCGGUGAAUCCGCCCGGACCGGUUCCGCCCAAAACCGUACUGGAAGCUCUGGAGCAGAGGAUGGCUAAAUACAAAGAGACGUGCGAUCAGGCUAAAGCUAACGGCGACGACCGCAAAGCUCGCAUGUACGAUCGCAUCGUCAAGCAAUAUCAGAGCGCCAUCCGCUCACAUAAAGCAGGACGAGCUGUUAAUUAUGAAGAGCUUCCGAUACCGCCAGGUUUUCCACCAAUCCCAGGACAGGAGGCGGUUAAACCUGAGCAGGGAUUGGCUGCCGCGCUGGAAACAGCCAAUAAGCUCGCUUCUAACGAGGCAGAGGGCGGAGACGACGAGGAGGAGGAAGAGGAAACGGAGAAAGAAAGCAAAAAGCCCAAAGCUCCAGCAGCACCAGCAGCAGUGGAGACGCAGAAGAAGCCGACGAUGGCGGUUCCUCCGACAGUCCAGCAUCCUAAAAGAACUCCUUCACCUUCACCUGAGAGAACCACCAAGCAAGAGAACCCGUCUUCCACGGUGACGGAGCAGGUGGAGAUGUUGGAGGCUCGGAAGAAGCAGUACAUGAAGGCAGCGCUGCAGGCCAAACAGAAGAACGACGUGGAGCAGGCCAAGGUGUAUUUACGCACAGCCAAGAGCUUGGAGCCGCUGAUUACUGCAGCACGCAGCGGCAAACACGUCGACAUCAGCAAGGUACCGUCUCCUCCUGCCGACGAGGACGAGGACUUCAUCGUGAUCCAUCAGAGUGAGGUGGAGCUGUCCGUGAGAGCCGAGGAGGUUUACGCUCAGCUCAGCACCAUGCUAAAGGA